AUGGCUGCAAGCAACGAUGAAAUCGAGUACGAAUACCCCUCUGUAAUCCGAAUCUACAAAAAUGGCCAUGUCGAAAGACUCCGGGAUACUGAUUUCGUUCCCGCCGGCACAGAUCCUCAAACAGGCGUUUCAUCCAAAGAUGUAAACAACAUAGUCCCUGAAACUGUUUCUACUUCCUUCAAUUUCUCGAUUUCUGUUUGUUCUAUGCAAAUGGCUGCAAGCAACGAUGAAAUAGAGUACGAAUACCCCUCUGUAAUCCGAAUCUACAAAAAUGGCCAUGUCGAAAGACUCCGGGAUACUGAUUUCGUUCCCGCCGGCACAGAUCCUCAAACAGGCGUUUCAUCCAAAGAUGUAAACAACAUAGUCCCUGAAACUGGAGUUUAUGUCAGAAUUUAUCUCCCAAAUCUCAGCAACAAAACUAAAAAAAUCCCUGUUGUUGUUUACUGUCAUGGAGGAGUUUCGGUGCAUUACAGAUUGGCUCCUGAGCACUCGAUUCCCAUUGCGUAUGACGAUUCGUGGGCUGCACUUCAAUGGGUAAUUUCGCAUUCAAAUGGCGAUGGCCCCGAGGAGUGGUUGAACAAUUAUGCAGAUUUUGGACGCCUGUUUUUAUCCGGCGACAGCGCCGGCGCCAAUAUAGCGCACAAUUUGGCUAUGAGAAUUGGGAAUUCUGAAUUAGGGCAAAAUGUGAAAAUUAGUGGUAUUGCGUUGGUUCAUCCAUACUUUUGGGGGUCGAACAUAAUCGGGUCAGAUGCGGUGGAUCCGAAUACUAAGUUAUUACAAGACCGAUUGUGGCCGACAAUUUGUCCAUCGAAUCCGGAUAACGAUGAUCCACGAAACAACCCGAUGGCUGAGGGUGGGCCGGGCUUGACGGGUUUGGGAUGUAAGCGGGUUCUAGUUUGUGUGGCAGAGAAGGAUUUUUUGAAGCUUGUAGGAUUGGUUUAUUUUGAGGCGUUAGGUCGGAGCGGGUGGAAGGGCGUGGUCGAGUUGGUUGAAACAGAAGGAGAGGGUCACGCCUUUCAUUUAUACGAUUUGCAAUGUGACAAGGCCAAAGAAUUGAUGACAAGAAUGGCUGCAUUUUUCAAUAAUUAA